CAUUACGCCUGAUCAUUUUCAUCAUUAUCAUCAACAUGAUUUUCUCUCGCCUGCCUUUAAUUGCCUUGCGUAACGCGAAAUUUCCACUACGUCAAGCUCAUUCAAAAUCUGCAUGUGAAAAACAAGGAGUACUGAAAUGGGCAUGUCAAAAUUAUCCAGUUGUCUAUCUUGGAGGAUUAAUCUUUGGAGCUGUUUCCGCGAUAACACUUUACACAAUACGAUGUUUACUACAGAAUCCUGACCUGUUUCUUCCAUUCUAUGAUAAGAUUCCACGUGAUGAAUACUACUUUGAUAAACAUUAUUUUGGUGCAAAACAACCCGAGAAUAUGGAUGUCCUCCCGCCAGUUCGAAUGCAUCAUGAUGGAGUACUAGAAUUUCCAUAUGAAAAUCAUAGUAGAAAGUAUGUGCAUCCUCCUGAAUAA